AUGGAGAAAUAUUUCAAAAGAACUUCAUCAUUGGAGGUUGGAUCCCAAAAUAAUUCGUUGACCUCUUCUAACAAAAUGAGGCUUUUAGAAUUCAAAAUAGAGAGUCUUAUAGCAGAUCCAGGGCAACGACCAAAGAUUUCAAGUUAUCAUCCGAAUAAUAGAGAUAAAAUUAGGUGUGCAUAUUUGCAAAAAGGUCCUUGUCAACCAAGAACUCAUGAUUUUUCGCAAACUGCUUGUGGUUCUUCUUUUCGAAGAUUUAAUCCAAAUUGGUUUGAUGACUGUGGCAACUGGUUAGAGUAUAGUAUAUCAAAAGAUGCUGCUUUUUGUCUUUGUUAUUAUCUUAUGAAACAUGAGACUGAAGGUGGAGAUGCUUUUGUUACUAAUGGUUUUUCAAAUUGGAAAAAAAAAGAGAGAUUACAAACUCAUGUUGGGAUUCAUGAUAGUGCUCAUAAUCAAGUUUGGAGAAAAUGUGAAGCACUUAUGAAGUCAAAACAACACAUCAGUGCUGCUAUUGAAAAACAAUUUCUUUUGCGACAAGGAUUGGCCUUUCGUGGUAACGAUGAGACAGAUGAUUCUGUUAAUCAAGGAAAUUUUUUGGAACUUCUAAACUUUCUUGCGCAACAUAAUGAAGAGAUUGAUCGUGCUUUCAAAAAUGCUCGUGGGAAUGUUAAACUAAGAGCACCAUCAAUUCAAAAAGAUAUUGUAAGAGCUGCUGCAAGUGAAAUGACUAAAGUUAUUGUUAAUGAUCUUGGAGAUGAAUUGUUUGCUGUUUUGAUUGAUGAAGUCCGCGACAUUUCUAUUAAGGAGCAAAUGUCAGUUUGUUUAAGGUAUGUGAACAAAGAAGGGUAA